AUGUUUAUUGACAAAUCAAUUACUGUUAAUAAAUGGGCAACGGAAUUAGAUCCAACGUAUUCAACCUUAUCAACAUCAAAAAGAAAUAAAAUGAUACAUUACGCAAUAUAUGAUUGUUUUGCAGCAACAUGUUUAAUCCGACCUGUUACAUUAUAUUGGACAUUUCAACAGGUAACAAAAAUUAAUAUUCUUGAUUCAUUUCAGGCAUUACCAUCAUCAUCACGAGCGAAUAACAACCCAACAAAUACAAAUAUUAAUCAACAAAUAAUUAAGAAUAUUAAUGAUGAUAUUGGAUUAAUCUCCGAUGAUGAUGAAAUAAUAGUUAAUCAAUGUAUUAAAAUUACUAUUAAUAAUGAUAUUUUAUAUGAAGAAAUUUCAAAUGAUGAUAAUGAAUUAAAUAAAGCAUUGCCAUCAAAUAAUAAUGAAUCAUUAUAUGAAGCAAUAUCAGAUGAUGAUAAUGAACCAAAUCCUGUAUUACCACCAAGUGAUAAUGAUUUAUGUGUCAACAACCAUUCUAUGGUUGAUGAUGACAAAAAUAAUGAUCAAUCUAACUCCAUGAAGUACUAA